AUGAAUUCCUAUCUGCUCAACAGAGCCCUCGGGUCUGUCACUCCGAAUGCCUUCCAUGUUGCCCAGACCUCUCGGCUAGUGCAACAUCUGGAGCCUGCGCCGGGGAUUUGCUUCUCUAGUCGCAAGGCGACGACGCGAUCUCAAGAUGACGCGACAGCUUUCGACCGGGAGUUGGAUCCAGUAAAUGAGGUUUUUGCACACAAAUCUGGUGUCAAAUGCCUUGCGAUCGAUCAGUUUGAAGGCCGAUAUAUGAUCUCUGGCGGUGCAGAUCCAUCCAUUCAUCUCUGGGACCUUGAAAGUCGAGGCUCAGAGCUUGAACAUCUUCAUCGAUCCUGUGCGACAGUUAGCAAAUCCUCACAUACUGAUGCGCACACACACGCGAUCACCUCGCUCUCGAUUUACCCAUUCGAUCCUGUCCCAUCAACUAUAUUCUCGACCUCCCAUGAUGGCACCUUGAAGCUCUCCGCGUUACAAUCUCCGGCAAUAAUCCCGGUCCAUACAUUUAACCUCGACUGCACGCCGUAUGCGCACUCCUUCUCGUCCCAGCCCGGCUCAACACUACUUGUUGCAGUCGCCACAUCGGAGCAAUCCGUACGACUCGUGGAUCUACGAUCUGGACUCUCUACCCAGGGCUUACCAGGACAUACUGACGCCGUGCUAUCAGUAGCUUGGGCUCCGCACCGACCCUACCUACUUGCAUCAGGUUCAGUCGACAACCGAGUAAUCAUAUUCGAUGUACGACGCGGUGGUCACAACUCAGCUAUAGCAACACUCGACAUGGAUGAUCCUGUCGGACUCGUGGAUCCAAACUCAGGAUCAGCACCAGAGACCUACCAAUGCCGUCCGGCAUUUUCCCGCUAUGCUCGCGCUCAUAACGGUGCCGUGACUGGCGUGCGAUGGACAUCCAAUGGAAGUCAUAUUGUCACCACUGGACAGGACUCACGCAUCAGGGUCUGGGACUCAGCAACGGGCGCAAACACCUUAGUCCAUUUCGGACCCCGCGUACGCAACAGUGCAACAUCUCACCUGGCAGAGCGAGCUCCUCUACUAGUUCCAAAGAGCUGUAUGGGCCCCGGCCAAGAAACAAUCCUAUGGCCAAACUUCAAUGAGCAAGACGAUCGGGGCGAGAUCUUCAUGUUUGAAUUCCGGGAAGGCACAUUCAUCAAACGCCUGCGUGUCCCAGGCCUCAUGGGAACACAAUCAGCCCGGGGUCGAUCCAACGCACUCGGCGCAGCGCGGAUUAAUGAUCUAGUCUGGCGUGGCAAUGGAGCCUCUGGGGAAGGUAUAGAGAUGUUCUCCGCACAUGGCGAUGGAACCAUUCGGACUUGGGUAUCUCGAGACCCGGAUGGGGAACCCACCGAAGAAGAAGAGGUCGAGAUGGCAGACCGCAAAAGGAAACGAGAUGUUCUCGAAGAAGUAUACCAGGGAUUCCUUGCCCCGACGUAUUCUAGAAGUUAUACAUGA